AAACCCCAUUCUACAUAGACACCUCGAAUCCCAGCUAACACAUCACGUGCCGGCACAAGGCAAUGAAUCCAAUCGGCUUCCGUGUUUUUCCCUGGGCAUCGGCGUCGCAGCGAGUAGAUACUGAGCAGUUCGAAGCAGCAUCUUGACAAGCUAUCUUCGCCGCUUAGAAUUUAUCCGAUGGUCACGGAUCGAUACGCGUAUUAUUUAUCCAUCCGAUGAUUCCGGUGGCAUAAAGGAGCAAAGAACAGCAAGAGUUCAGGAGAAUGAGCCUCGAAGUUGAAGGCAGCAGCUCAACCCCGAAGCAGCUCCCGGCCCUGAAGAUGCUCGACUGCACGCUCAGAGUCUCCGCGAUCCCGUUGAGCAUUGCGAGCAUUUCGCUCACCGUGACCGACCACCAGAGCAACGAAACCUUCGGGAAGAUAGAGUUCCACAAUCUCCUUGGCCUCAAGUACAUGGUUUUGAUAAGUGCAAUAUGUGCGGCCUAUGCUUUUACGUCUGCGGCAUCGUCGUGGCUCCGUGUUUUGGCCAUCAAAGCCUGGAUUUUCUUCCUCUCUGAUCAGGUUAUCGCAUACUUGAUGGUGACAUCUGUGGCAGCAGUGUCCGAGAUAGUCUACUUAGGAUACAAAGGGGACAGGGAGGUGACAUGGAGUGAGGCCUGCAGCUCAUUCGGGAAGUUCUGCUCGAGGAUGGGGAUCGGCCUCGUCUUCCAUGCCUUGGCACUCUGCUGCUUCCUCUCCCUCUCUGUGAUCUCGGCUUUCCGGGCCUUCAGCGUGUUCGACCCUCCCUGUGUUUCCUCCAAGGAAGAAGAAGAAGAUCGAAGAGAUAACUGAUAAACUGAAAGUUGUGCUCUAAUGUCCUCUGCAUAUAUGACUAGCUAGUCGUAUCAACGGCGCGAACAUGUUGUCCAUGUUAGUAGAAUAAUUACUCCGAUAAGGAUGCCCAGUAGUAUGCUUCUAAGCUUACAUAAAGGAACAUGAUAUAUAUUCGCACGUGUAUAGUUCUAUUGUCUUUUCAAUUUUGAUAAUUUUGUCCUAUUAAA